UCGACCCAUUGCCGCCGCAACACACGUCUUCACCAUGCCGCAGGAUAUGCCGCCGAGCGGCGGCUAUGGCCCCGUCCAAUACAAGCGAAACCUGCCCGCCCGUGGCUUCCGCCCUGCCAUGUACCUCGUCGGAACCGCCGCGCUAAUGACAUAUGGAUUCUGGAGGGUUGGCCAGGGCAUCCGGGAGCACAACGAACUCGCACGCGAGAAGAUGUGGGCGCGCAUAUACCUCAUCCCCGCCCUGCAAGCCGAGGAGGACCGCGACCAGGUGCGACGAUACCUGGCAGACAAGGCGAGGGAGAAGGAGCUUUUGGGCACAGAGACCAAGGUCUACAACAGCGACAGAUUCGUGCGGCCGACGUUCGCUGUGACCCCCGAAAAGCAGCUGAAGUAGGGUAUGACAGAGGAAAUUUGCAGCAGCGAGGACCGGAUUGUACAUAUACAGCAGUAUUACGAAUGUUUCAGUCGGAAGAUGGCGCCUGCCGUGCGCAACACCAGGAAAUGCAUACCCUUUCUUUGCCUCGAA